CUGGGAGCUCUUGGAUACCGCAGUCUCUGGAUAUACCCGUAACAGACCUCAACAAUGAAUUUGUUUCAGAUACUGGCGGUUGGUACACUUGUUUUCUACUCCAGCAGCGCACAGCUGUUUCCUUUUUCAAAUCUACGAGCGUUCUUCGACCCGAAGACAACACAGGGAGGAAACAACAAUCAGAGCUCUACUCCAGAGAGCAAUGUCAGCCGCCCUCACCGUCAGACAGAUGACGACUUCAAAAUGCCAUCCUUGCAAGAGUUUGAUUCACCGGACAUAUUCGCCAUAAACAGAGAUAUAAACAAUCACAGAAGUCCACCUUUAAAGAGAUUACCUGCAUCAACAGAGUCAACUACACCCAAACCAAAAAGAAAAGGAAGUGGGUCCAGGUACCACUCCAGAAUAAGAACAAGUCAAAUAGCUCAAAGGCCUGUUGAGGAGGAUUCAACUGAUUUACUUUUCAUAACUCCAAAACCAAAUUCAGAUCUUAGGGAUAUAGAUGACCAAGAAGAACUGAGCUAUUCAAAGACAAAAUCCAAAAGUAUAACACGGGAAAGGAAACCAUUUCCUAAUCAGAACCCCCCCAGAUCAGUUGAACCAGUAGAGUACGGUACUAUACAGAUAAACACUGGUAAAGAAGACGAAGUCCUUCCGAUUUCCUCAGUCGAUCAUCCUUCCCAGUUGUCCUUACCUUCAGAAGAGUCAAGAAUCGUACAAAAUAUUCCUCUAAUCGGUGUUAAUCACCUGCAAAAUAGUUUUGAACCACAAGAUGAACUAAUAGACUAUUUGGUGCCACCGAAAUUGCCUUCAGUUUACGAAAGAAAUUUGAAACGUCAAAAACUAAGGAAUCCCACAAUUUCUAAGUUAAAACCCCCACCACCAACGCCUUAUUCGAAGAAGAACAAUAGACUAAGGGUCAAAAAACAUCGACAUGACAUGACAACCGCCAAUGCUCCAUUGACAGAUAGAUUGACCACUCAAGCUAAGAGACACAUAUAUCGUAGAAGACCUAAUCAUCAUAGAGAUCUCCCAGUUAGGAAACCAAUCGAAGAUAAGAUACCUCUGAGGCAAUUGAAGCUCCAGCAGGAAGCAACACAGAUGGAUGAACAGAUCACAGCAGAGACAGGAUUCACAGGGGCUGCUUCUCAACCUCAUUCCUCACAUGACAACGAAAGGGUUGAGUUUCAGAUGCACGGUCAAAAAGGGCCCAAUUCCUACAAAUUUGGAUAUGAUACAGGAAAAGGACACAACAGACAGUUCCGGUUCGAGGAGAAGGAUAACCACGGACAUGUAAAGGGGCAUUACGGCUACUACGACAAAGACGGAAAGCUCCAGUUAGUCAACUACGAGGCGGACCCUGAACAUGGCUUCAAGGCCGAGACUGUGUGACAAGUAACACAUUGAAGUCAACACCUCUCUGUAUUGUGAUAUCAACCAAAGCAGUGGCCACGUGCAAUAUUAGUGAAAUCAAAACUUGGAAACAUGAUCUUUGAGACUGCAACACGAGUUAAUGACAAAACACGCAAUCAUGCUAUUUAUCUAUAAGUGUUAUUCAUUGCUUUCAAUUUGUAAAUAUCUCAAAUAAAAUGUUAUUUAAUUAAUUUA